AUGAAGAUUGAGAUUUGCGCCUUUUCUGGAGCCAAGAUCUACCCCGGCAAGGGCAAGAUCUACGUCCGUAUCGACAACAGAUCCUUCCGUUUCGUCAACGGUAAGGCCGAGUCCCUCUUCUUGCAGCGCAAGAACCCCCGUAAGAUCUCCUGGACCGUCCUCUUCCGCCGCAUGCACAAGAAGGGUAUCUCUGAGGAGGUCGCCAAGAAGCGCACCCGCCGCACCGUCAAGCACCAGCGUGCCGUCGUCGGUGCUUCCUGGGAGGCCAUCCGCGCCAAGCGCAACCAGAAGCCCGAGGUCCGUGCUGCUGCCCGUGCUGCCGCUCUCCGUGACGGCAAGGAGAAGAAGAAGGCUACUGAUGCCACCAAGAAGUCUGAGAAGGCUAAGAGCGCCACCGCUGCUGCCCGUGGCCAGCCCAAGUUCUCCAAGCAGGGUGCCAAGGGUGCUAAGGUCUCCAUUGCCAACACCUCCCGUUAA